UCUUUUAGCCGUUCAAUGCCCGCGUCCCCCCCCCCCCCCCCCCCCCCUCUCUCUCUCUCUCUCUCUCUCUCUCUCGUUUCUUCCGCGAGCACACUGUUUGGUGAGGGGCCAACUUUGGUGGUGACCAUGGAGAGGACGCCGUCGUGGUGCAUCCUCCUGUGUCUGGCCGCCGCUUGGGCCAUGGCGUCGGCGGCACCGCUGCCGCAGUACUACAACGCCAUAUUCAGCUUCGGCGACUCCUUCUCCGACACGGGCAACUUCGUCAUCAUCAACUCCGGCAAGCUGCCCAACAUGCCCAAGUUCCCGCCGCCCUACGCCCGCUGCUCCAACGGCCGUCUCGUCAUCGACUUCCUGGCCGAGGCGUUGGGGGUGCCGCUGCUGCCGCCGUCGGCGAACAAGGGCACCAACUUCAGUCAGGGCGCCAACUUCGCGGUGAUGGGCGCCACCGCUCUGGAGCUCAAGUACUUCAGGGAUAACAACGUGUGGAGCAUCCCGCCGUUCAACACCUCCAUGAAGUGCCAGCUCGAGUGGUUCCAGGAGGUCAAGGAGACUGUCUGCUCCUCCCCGCAAGAGUGCAAGGAGUUUUUCGGGAAGGCGCUUUUCGUGUUCGGCGAGUUCGGCGGCAACGACUACAGCUUUGCGUGGAAGGCGGAGUGGAGCUUGGACAAGGUGAAGACGGAGAUGGUGCCCAAGGUGGUGGAGUCCAUGAUCGGCGGCAUCGAAGCUAUUCUGGACGAGGGCGCGCGGCACGUGGUGGUACCGGGCAACCUCCCCGCCGGGUGCAUCCCCAUCACGCUGACCAUGUACCCGUCCGAGGACCGCAGCGACUACGACCCGCGCACCGGCUGCCUCAAGAAGUUCAACAGCGUCGCCCUCUACCACAACGCCAUGCUCCGCAUCGCCCUCGACCAGCUCCAGCGCCGCCGCCCUGACUCCCGCAUCAUCUACGCCGACUACUACACCCCCUACAUCCAGUUCGCACGCACGCCUCACCUCUACGGGUACAAGAGGGGAGCCCUGAGGGCGUGCUGCGGCGGCGGUGGCCCGUACAACUACAACAUGAGCUCGUCGUGCGGGCUGCCGGGCGCUACGGUGUGCGACGACCCCGACGCGCACGUCAGCUGGGAUGGCAUCCACCUCACCGAGGCGCCCUACCGCUUCAUCGCCAACACCUGGCUCAAGGGCCCCUACGCGCAUCCACCCCUCGCCAGCGUCGUCCGCGACGACAUGGUCUAUUGAUUCGUUGUUAUUAACACACAUGACAUGAUGAUCCAUGACUAAACUACACCAUACGUUCGUUUCUCUACGUGUGAACCACGCCUUCAUACAAUUCCGUGUGCGUGUGUGCCUGCGGGUUUUGGUUUGUAAUGUGCUUAGCAAGUUACAUAGGCCGUGUCACGGGAAGGUGACCUCCAAUCUUUUUGACGCCUCUACAGUCUUGAUCUCAGUUGGAGGCAUUGUAAUCGUUGGUUGUAUAUUGGCAAGUAAAUUGAUUAGGUCUUUUGUUA